AUGAUAGGUUUCCUACUGGUCCCCUACCUCCAGUCCAACCUUACUAACUUCCAGAAUCUGGAGAUCCUGAACUUCCGGAAUGGGAGUAUCGUGGUCAACAGCCGGAUGAAGUUUGGGAGGCCGAUGCCCCGCGGCGUCAACAAUGCAGUCUACUUGAUCCUGGAAGACUUCGCUAACACAGCCUACCAAACUAUGAACCUGGCCAUUGACAAGUACUCACUGGAUGUCGAGUCWGGUGACCAGGCGAACCCGUGUAAGUUCCAGGCGUGUAAUGAGUUUGCCCAGUGUUCUGUGAACCGCUGGUCUAGCGAGGCAGAGUGUGUGUGUAAUGCUGGCUACUUCAGCGUUGAAGGUCUGCCCUGUCAGAGCAUCUGUGAACUGCAGACAGACUUCUGUAUGAACGACGGGAAGUGUGACAUCAUACCUGGACAGGGGGCCAUCUGCAGGUAG